AUGGACGAUCACGAUGUGCCCCAGGCAUCGACAGCAGCAAAGCCAAAGAGGCCUCUGUUCAAAAAGCGCAAGGUAAAGUCUGCCUCAAAACCAGCACCGAAUGCCACAGCCUCGGCGGAGCAGGGCGAUGGGAUCUCAACCACAAUCAAUCUGGACGAUGAUGAGGACGACGAUUUGGACCUAUUCAAGCGAUCCAAAGACUUUUUCCCCGUGUUCGUCAAGGACCAAGAGGAGGAACUGGCAGCAGAAACACACAAGUUAGAAGAAUCAAAUGAUCGAAAACGUCGGAAAAUCUCGUCAUCGGCAGAUUGCGCAUCUCCAAAGUCUGAUCUUUAUGAUGUAUCAGAGGAUGAGAAGGAGCGCAUUCGCAUGAGGCGAGAUGAGAGACCGCUCACCCCACCACCGACAAAAGACAAGUCAUUAUUGAAUUCUUCUGGGCGGCGAUCCGGCCAGCGCGACUUGGGCAAGAGCAAAGCAACCGCCUCCCCCACCAGCGCAACACCAUCGAGACGUGCACCUGCGAGACCAGCACCGAGCAGCUCCAUGGUUAUAUCUGACUCGGAUGACGAUUAUGUCCCCAGACCCACGGCUAGCAGGAAGCCGCCAGCGGGGACCAAGGAUCCCGUAGGGUCGCCGACUCGCACGGAGCAGCAGGCAAACAAUACAACCCCGAUAGAAAUAGACGAUGAUCUCGAAGAAGUCGCGCCAGCUACCGACGGCCCGGAUGACGACGACAAUGAGUUUGCGCACUUUGUCGUGGCCGCACGGGAGCGUCGGGAAAACCAAAAAGCCGCCCGCUCGGCGGCCGAAUCGGCCAGUGGCACAAAGCCAAUCGAGGAACGGACCAUCCAGAUCUUUGUGACGUCAAGGCUUCCUCCGCCCCAGAUGAAGCCAGUGGUCUUCAACACGGUGAUGCGCAAACCUAUCAAACUACUCCGGGACACGGCCGUGGCGUUCUCGGCUUCCAGAGGCCGGCCACUGACCGACGAGGAGGAAAAGGGAGCGUUCCUGGUGUGGAAGGACAGCCGGCUGUAUAGCUCCUCUACGCUCAUGUCGCUUGGCGUAGUACCGGACGCACACGGCUGCUUUUCAAAAACGGGUCCAGGAAAUGUAAACGACGGCGUGACGGUCGACGGCCAGCUCCAUUUUGAGUUGUUCACCGAGGAGAUCUACGCCGAGUGGAUGCAGCAGCUGGAAAGGCAACGGCAAAAAGAUCUGUACCAGACGAUAUCCGACGACGAGGGCGAAAUCGGCCGAAAUCCUACCAUCGAUGGGCAGGACGAGGCCCAAGUGCAAGAUGGCAGGAGUUCUGAAAAGAUUCGCAUCUUCCUGAAAGCCAAAAACCUUGAGCAGGUCAAGGCAUCAGCGAGGGCUGAUACGGGUAUUAGUGAGCUUGUUGCCGCCUUUCGCAAUGUACGCAAGAUUCCUGCCGACAAGGAGGUCAUCAUCAUGUUUGACGGAGACAAGCUCGCCGAGGGUGACACGGUUGGGGAUGCGGGGAUUGAAGACAAGGACGUUGUCGAUGUGCUCAUCAAAUGA